GACGUCACACGCAGUGAGGUGAAGGGAGCCCCGGUUCCGGUUCCGGUCCCGCUGCCCGGCCCGGUUCCGUUCUCCGCUCCCGUGGCGAUGCGGGCCGAGCUGCGCGGCCUGGCCGGGCCCGUUCCGCUGCCGGACGGGCAGCCCGUGGUGCUGGGCCGCGGGCCGCUCACCGGCGUCACCGACCGCAAGUGCUCCCGGCGGCAGGUGGAGAUCGUGGCCAACUACGGCGAGGGCACGGCCAGGGUCACACAGCUCGGGGUGAACCCCAGCUCGGUGGGGGGGUCCCCCCUGGCCCGGGGGGGCUGCGGGACCCUCGCCCCAGGUCAGACCCUGCUGCUGGUGAACGGGAGGUACCCCCUGGUGCUGCACCUGGAGAGAAGCCCCCUCCCCAAAAAACGCCCGGGGAGCCCCCUCCCCAAAAAACGCCCGGGGAGCCCCCCCGAGGAGCCCCCCCCCACCCGCAGAGACCCCCAGGGGGGGUGGCAGAAAUUGGGGACCCUCCUCAUCCUCACCCCGCCGGGAAUGCGGCACAGCAGCAAGAUCGCUGGCUUUGACCUGGACGGGACCCUGAUCACCACCCGCUCUGGGAAGGUGUUUCCAACCAGCCCUGAUGAUUGGAGGAUUUUGUAUCCUGAGAUCCCCAAGAGGCUGAAACAGCUGCAGGAUGAGGGGUACAAGCUCGUGGUGUUCACCAACCAGCUGGGGAUCUCGCGGGGCCGCCAGCGCCCCGAGGUGUUCCAGGCCAAGGUGGAGGCCGUGGCUCAGCAGCUGGGGGUGGCCCUGCAGGUGCUGGUGGCCACAGGGCCGGGGAUCUACAGGAAACCAGUGCUGGGAAUGUGGGAUCAUCUGUGUGAGAAGGCGAAUGGGGACGUGACGGUGUCGGUGCCUGACAGCUUCUACGUGGGGGACGCCGCCGGCCGCCCCCCGAACUGGGCCCCGGGGAGGAAGAAAAAGGAUUUCUCCUGCAGUGACCGAGCGUUCGCUCUCAACGCGGGGCUGAGGUUCCUGACUCCUGAGGAAGAAUUCCUGGGCUGGGCCCCAGCGCCCUUUGACCUCCCAGCCUUCGACCCCCGUUCCCUGGUCACCAAUGUCCCCCCGGAGGUCCCCAAGGCCGAGCUGGUGUCGGACAAGGCCGAGGUGCUGCUGACCGUCGGCUUCCCUGGGGCUGGCAAAUCCACUUUUGUGAAGCGUCACCUGGUCCCGGCAGGAUACGAAUACGUGAACAGGGACACGCUGGGCUCGUGGCAGCGCUGUGUCACCGCCUGCUCGGCCGCCCUGGCUCGCGGCCGCCCCGUUGUCGUCGACAACACCAACCCCGACCCUGAAUCGCGACAAAGGUUUGUGAGCUGUGCCCGCAGCGCUGUGCCGGUGCCUCCUGUUCACGGCCAGCCUGGGAACUGGGAUGGACUGGGAGGGACUGGGAUGGACUGGGAGAGCACUGGGAUGGACUGGGAAUGUCCCCACAGCCCUUGGGGACACUUUUUUGGGGGUUUUGAGCCCUGUGUCACCCCGUUUUUGGGGCUGUCCCCCUCCAGGUUUGUGAGCUGUACCCACGGCACUGCCGUGCUGGUGCCUCGUGUUCACGGCCAGCCUGGGAACUGGGAUGGACUGGGAUGUACUGGGAUGGACUGGGAGGGCACUGGGAUGGACUGGGAAUGUCCCCCCAGCCCUUGGGGACACUUUUUUUGGGGGUUUUGAGCCCCGUGUCACCCCGUUUUUGGGG